AUGACCUACGAUAUCUACUGCAAGAACAUCCCAAUUCCCUUUAUACUUGCCUAUCAAAGUCUUGUCUUUGGAGGUGAUCGAGGUGGAACCGAUCGAUUGCAACCCAGGAAUGUUAUCCCACCCGAUGGCACUGCUCAGAUGGUUUCAGCUUACGAGUUCAAUGAAAGUUGUAAAGCCGUAUGUCUGCCGAUUCUGUAUUAUGUGCCCGGAGAGCUGGAUCAAAUUAUUGCUAGGUGGGGCAUGGACGAAUACGCAAAGCGCAAAGCGCACAUGAACUAUUUGAUGUUCUUCUUGCUGCAAUGGCUAGUACAAAUCACAUGCGGUAAUGAUGCGUGCACCAUGAUCAUGAACGUAUUCGGAUACACAGCUAUGGGACAGGUAACCGAAUGGAGAGCGUGGAAGAUGCUUCUACUUGUUUUUCACCCAUACCCAUUUUUUCGUCAAAUUUAUUGGUGA